GAGCGGCGUUUCAAUUUCAAUGUUACACGAACGAUCUCAUCGAAGGUCCUUGGCCGAUAAUUACCAUUCUGCACAGUGAUAACAUUACCAGCCAUGGCUGAUAGUCUCCCACCUGUCACUCUUCGUACUCGUAAAUUUAUUACCAAUCGCCUCCUCGCUCGUCGUCAGUUCGUCCUCGACGUACUUCACCCAUCUCGUCCUAAUGUUUCCAAGGCCGACCUUUCUGAAAAAUUAGCAGCUAUGUACAAGGCAGACAAAGCUAGAGUGGUCACCUUUGGCUUUCGAACGCAUUUUGGUGGAGGACGCAGCACUGGAUUCGCAAUGAUAUACGAUGACGAACCAUCCCAGAAAAAGUUUGAACCUAAAUAUCGUCUCGUGCGAUCGGGUCUGGAAAUCAAAUCAGACAAAGCAUCUCGGAAAUUGAGAAAAGAAAGAAAAAAUCGAGCCAAGAAGUUGCGUGGUACCAAGAAAGUGAAAGCUUCCGAACCCCCGAAGAAGGGCAAGUAGAUAUUUGUAGGGCUGGUUUCGAAUCUGCUUCCUGAAUAUUCCUUGUUGGUCGGGCAUGUUGGAGUGAUGAAUUUAAAUACGUUUCAGACACAUCGCUGUAGGCUCGUGACCAGACAAGGUGAAAUUAUUACGCACUUACAUAAUGGCCUGUUUGGAUGUCACACCAAAGUGUUAAUAAAUCUAAGUGAAACUCAGCUGCUGCAUAAGAGGCUA